AUGUAUCCCACCACCAUCUUGAGGAUGCAGGCCUCGCGUCCUUUGUACCACCCCUCUCCUAAGGAGAACCAAAGUGCGCACACCAUCUCCCAGCGUCUGCGCACCUUGAAGCGUAUUCCCCCAGAGUUGAUUCCUCUCGGUGUUGUCCUUGGCGUUGCCGUCGGAGCCGCCAUCUACUCCAGCACCAAGAAGCUCAUGACCGACAAGACCCUGCGUCUCUACCGCAACAAGCCUGAGGACCGCGAGCACUAA